GGCUUGUCAAGAUUAAAGAAGCAAGAGACAUUGAGACAAAGCUAAAUGAAGUGGAGCGACUGUUGAAGAAUACCAUUAACAUGCCCUGGAAGUUUUCUAGGUCAGAAGUUGUCUUAACAUUCUUUGAACGCUCGCAGCUUGACCAGGUCCUGAGGAACGACAAUGUCCACAAAAUUCAGCCAUGCUUUCAAAGUCCAGUUAAGAUUUCAGUUUCACCUGCUUUGGUGCAAAUGAAAGUGACAACAGGUGCACUGGAGAGGCAACAGCAAAACAACCCCCCAAAAGGAAAUGGUUUUGCAGAGAUCAUGAGGUCUAAUGGGUUUUGCCUGGCAAACACAGAGACCAUUGUGUUUGAUGAGAGCAUUCCACUGGACAAAGAGAGACCCUCCUCCACUGACUCAGCCCAGCACUCGUAUGAUGAGGAUGGGAGAGAAUCUUUGGAUCCUGUAGAUCAAGACCUGAGUGACGAUGAUCCUGAAGCUUACGUCACUAACCUGUCCUACUACCACCUGGUUCCCUUUGAAACUGACAUCAUGGAGUAACGCAAACAAUUCUGCAUGGGUGGACAUUUACGGGGAGCACUGAAUCCCACCUAAACAGUGCAGAUCCAGCAUGUAAUUUCUGCCAAGUGAUAGAUGUGCUUAUAUUUUCUGAUUAGUAGUGUUUAUGACGGCAGGAAGAGUUUGAAUGCAGAGAUCACUGCUUGCUUCCUGCUUUGACUUUGUCCAUCAGAUUGGUUGGCCUGAGCCCAAAAUUACACUAUAUUCACACACGUGCCUCAUUAUUCAACCUAGACUCAUGCUGUAGCUGUACUACUAUUUUUUAUAUAUAGAGGUGUCUUUCUUGUCAGAUAAUUUAAAUCGCUCUCAGAAGAUAAUUUUAUUAGCUUGUGGCCUCUUUUCUACUGAAUGACUGUGGACAGUAGCUGAACUUUGUUCUUUUCUCUUGAAUACAAAGGGCUUGCACACUCACUUGGCACAUGGUGCCUAGUCCACACACACACACGCACAC